AUGCCAUUCGUCGGAGAAGACGUUAACCCAGGACGCAAGCGAAGAUGGAGCGACGACGACGAGCGAGCUGCAUACCCAUUAUACCCCUCAGAAGAGACGAAGGAGUUUUACAUCAUCAACCAGAGAUCAGAACUUGCACCACGAAAGGUCCUUUCAACUAAGAGGGCUCGCAUGAGCGACGACGAGGUUCACGUUACGGACGACCAUGACCCUUCUGACUACCCUUUCAAUAACUCACAUCGACGACGGCGCUCAUCUCAGGUUAAGGCGUUGCAGGUUCAGCCCGCUUUUGCCAAACCUCGAGUUACUAGCGCCCUUCUUGCUCCAUGCCAUAUCUGCCACCGCAGACCAACAAAGAAGUCUGACCUAGAUUCAUUUGCCGAUUGCCAAGGCUGUGGCGAGAGAACUUGCUACGUGUGUAUCCGAGAAUGCCACGGAUGGAACUUGGACGGAGGGUCUGGGGUCUCAGAACAAGAAGCACUCUCGAGAUCUUUUCAUAUGGACGAUGUUGACGAUGGACAACAACAUAACAAUGGUUCAAGCGGAGGAAAACAAACGAACAAAGGGUGGGGUGCCGUUGGGCAUCGGGCCGUGGUGUGUAGUCGCUGUUGCAUCGAACGAGGCGCGGAAGGAGAUGUAACAUGCUUGGGAUGCUUCUCCAGGAUGGAAGGUUCAUAA